GCCGGCGCGGGAUCCGGGUGGCUGCGGGCAGCGGUGGCGGCUGCGGCUGCGGGGUCCGGGUCGCAGCCAGGGCCAGGUAGCAGCGAGUUCGGAGGCGGAACGUCUGAGGGCGGCGUCCCCACGCGAGGUGACCCCGUCGGAGGGAGCGCACCCCAACCCGCGCCUCCGCGUCUCAGCAGGGCUCCAGCCCUCCCCUCCCAGGAGGCUCCGUGCCAAGAUGGCGUCAGCUGGAGAUCCCCCAACGGGCCAGCGGGAUGCGGCAGACCAGAACUUCGACUACAUGUUCAAGCUGCUGCUCAUCGGCAACAGCAGCGUGGGCAAGACGUCCUUUCUGUUCCGAUACGCCGACGACUCCUUCACGCCCGCUUUUGUCAGCACCGUGGGCAUCGACUUCAAGGUCAAGACCGUCUACCGCCACGACAAGAGGAUCAAGCUGCAGAUCUGGGACACGGCAGGCCAGGAGCGCUACCGUACAAUCACCACAGCCUACUACCGCGGAGCCAUGGGCUUCCUGCUCAUGUAUGACGUCGCCAACCAGGAGUCCUUUGCCGCCGUGCAGGACUGGGCCACGCAGAUCAAGACCUACUCCUGGGACAACGCUCAAGUCAUCCUCGUGGGGAACAAGUGUGACCUGGAGGACGAGCGUGUCGUGCCCACUGAGGAAGGCCAAAGGCUCGCUGACGACCUUGGUUUCAAGUUCUUUGAGGCCAGUGCCAAGGAGAACAUCAACGUGAAGCAGGUCUUCGAGCGCCUGGUGGAUGUCAUCUGCGAGAAGAUGAAUGAGUCCCUGGAACCCAGCUCCAGCCCGGGCAGCAAUGGGAAAGGCCCGGCCUUGGGGGACACCCCACUCCCGCAUACCAGCAGCUGCCCCUGCUAGAGAUGAUCCCUCACCCCCGCCCACCCCCUCCUGCCUCGGCAGGGACAGUGACUGAGGCAUGAGCCACAAGGGCUGUUUCCGAGCUCAGGGCGCCCCCUCCCCUCCCAUCAGCCGCAUCCCCCCCACCCCCGUCCCCUGCCAACUCCUGCAUGGCGCAUUCUCUGGCCAUGGCCACCAGCCUGCCCCAGCAGCCCCUUUCACAGGCUCCAGACCCUGGGGACUCCGCACUGCAGGCAGAGUCUGGGGAUGGGGCGUCUUCGUGGGGGUAGUGCGGGCAGCGUGUCCCAUCCCGCCUGGUGGAGGGGCAUCCACAGUGCCUUCUGGGUUAGAACCACUUAUCCACAUCCGUUUCUUUGUCGGGCAUUGUUUGGAGUUCACGCGCUGGCCAAAGAUGGUUCUUCUCCCUCGUGCAGCGGGGAUUCUCAUACUUCAUCCCCGGAGAUGUGGAAGGCGGCUCCUUUCUCAGGGUCACCCAGUCUGCUUGUGAACCUUCUCAGACCUCGAGGCUCCAAGGCAGGGUGGUGAUUUAGUCCUCCCAGAACCCUCCUUUCAGGCCUGCACAUCCUCUGCCUGUGAAAGCAGUAUUAAAGCAGCUUUUCCCGUUGUAAGAGAAGAGGGAGUCAGACCCCCCCCACAUCCCCCGUUCCCCAGCCUGGCUUCAGGGACCGCAGAAGUGCCUUCUGAGCUUCCCCAGAAUUCCACAUCACCCACGACCCUGCCACUGUUUCAGCUUAUCCACUUCAUCCCUGAUCCAGAAUUGAAUUCUGGAACUACGGGCCACAUGGGGCUGGGCAGAGAAUCACCCAACCCUUGGCGUUCCUGCUGGGGACUUUCUACCAGAAGUUAACUCAGAGUCAGGAGCCUGGGCUCUCCUGCCCAGACCUGCCUCCUCCGGGCCCUGUUUGGCUGGUAAUGGUUUAAGCAAGGUUCUUUCCACAUCCGACAUCCUGCUAGAAAAGGAAAUUGAGCAAUGUUCCUGUUUUCCUGUGCUGGCUGGUUGCUCUCCAUGUAAGGACUUUGGCCCCUUCCACUUGAAAAAGCUUGAAGACGCAGUGUUGGCUUCCCGGGCCAUGUCAUCGCUAGGGUCCAGUGAUGUUCUCUGCUAAUGGAAGAGUCACUCGAAAGAAUGCUUUGGGGUUGGGCUGGAGGGGUGAGAAGGCAGGGUUGGGUAACUGCUGUGGCCGCUUGCAUUUCACAGGUGCAGCUUGGGAGUGGCAGGCUGAUGGGGGAUGGGCGGGGAACCAGGCUCCCUGGUUGAGGCACUAGUGGGGAGCCCAACCAGCUUGGGGUCCCCAGCUACCAGGGGCUCCUGCUGAGAGAUGAUGUGCAGUUUGGGGAUCUGCAUCUUGACACAUACACCCCCCAGCCCCAUCCUCAGCUCAGUGGCCCUUCCUGCCCACCAGAGUCCAAACCUGGUGACAUGAGACCUUCUUCUACCCUGGAACACUGACACUCCAGAACUUGACAGACACCGCGAGAGUGGCCAAGCAUAUGGUUUGUCCAGUCUCCCAGCCCCUGGCGCCAAAAUGACUUCAUGUAAGCUUAAGGAUCUCUGCUGCUUCCUUCCAAGAGUGGGGAAGGUCUGGUUCAAGUUUAAUGUAGUUCUUACUUUUAUAGAAGCUGGAGAUUGAAUUUAUUUCUAGAGGGCCCUGUUCACCCCCAAACCAUGGGCUGUCCUUAGAGCUUCAAAGUGGGGAUAUCUUUGUAUACCAACAACUAUACUGUGAUGAAAAGGACAAGUUCUUGGAAAUGCACCAUGAGAGAGUAUCUGAAGGUUUGGGGUGGGAGUCAAAAAUGUUAAUUGCUAAAAAAAAAAAUGUUAAUUGCUUUAACAUAAAAGAGAAAGUAAAGCAGCUAGAAAAAGCUUCUUAAGAUGCACCAUGGCCUGUCGAGACCCUGUUGGUCAGUUCAUUUUCCUUAAACGGCUGCCAGAAAAAAAUGGUGGUUCAGAGUGUCACUAUCUGAGAGACAAGCUGACUUGUCAUCUCCCGUGUGAUAAAAACAACAGCUCUGGCUGUAUCUUGUACCUGAUCUGGCCUAAGCUUUCUGUUUACACAAGAUUUUUCACCAGUUCAGCUUCAAGUAGUAACUGAGACAGCUGCCUCUGGGCUCUCUUAAGACUGGGAAUGACGUAGGAGAAUUUUUCUUGCUUCUAAAAAUAACAUAAGUUUUUAUUUUGUGAGGUUUUAGGGGGGAGCUUUAACUCCUGAUGGUCUCUGAGAAACUGAAACUGAUGUCCUCAAAGAUCACUAGGAGAGAAUGGGAGUUUGCUGAGUUUACAAACAAAAAUUAAGCCAAAGGCUGUGGGAAAACAGCUUCCCAACUCCAGGGAGGCUGGCAUCUGGGGAGGUCACUUGAGGAUGUAUCCUGCAUCUGUGCUGUGCCUUCUCACCAUUUGCUUUCAGCAACUUGUCCUUCCACAGGCAAUUUCAGUGGGAAAUUGCCAUGACUGCCAUCUGGGGUUAUGCUUUUUUUCUUUUUCUUUCUUUGGCUUCUCUGGGGAUCAUGUUCUUGUAUCUUUCUCUCCUACCCCACUGGGAAAAAAAAAAAAAAAAAAAAAACAAGU